CACCGCCUCAACCAACCAUGAAGAUCUUCAUCGCGUUCGCUGCCUUGGUGGCCUUUGCCAGUGCCUCCGCCAUCCCGGAAACCCGCGGCCUCAAGGAAGACCUCAAGGACUUCCUGGCCCUGGUCCCGGUGGACAAGCUGACCUCGCUGGCCCUGGACUACUACGCCAACGACAAGGAAGUGCAAGCCGCGUUCGCCUACCUCCAGGACAAGGAAUUUGCCGCCAUUUGGGAUCAGCUGUUUGCGCUAAAAGAAAUCAAGGACCUGCUGAACUACCUCCAAGACGCUGGUCUGGAUGUGUACCAUGCGUUGAAUGUGGUCGCCGACCUGCUGGGCUUGAACCACGUUAAGCCGAUUCGCCGCGAAGGGUUGAUGAAGACCGGAGGACUCAGCGGAUUCCUGGAGGAAGCUCUCGCGUUGCUGCCCAAGGACCAGAUCAAGGCCCUGUUUGAGGAAAAGCUGAAGACCAGCCCCGAGUUCAAGGCACUGUUUGAGAAGCUGCAGCACGCUGAUUUCCACAAGCUGGUGGAGUUUUACAACAACUCUAAGGAGGUUCAGUCGCUGUUCCAGAAGUUGCGCGAGCACGGAAUCGAUGUCGACAAGUUCGUUGAACUGGUGGCCUCGUUCUUCGGUUGGGGAAAGUUCUGGUAAAUCUAGUCACACUGUUUUACUGACCAUGUAAUAAAUCGUUUUCAAUCAA